CCUAUACUUUACUCGGCAACUGACUUCGCUGUCGCUUUACAGAGCCCUGCCCUUGACACACACCUAUUCCUGGCGUUCCUCACCCUUUCUCAAUGUAUCCCAACAACGCCUGCCUCCAUGAAAACGACCAAGGGCUAUUACUGUAAGGUUUACUACAGUCUCCUAGCGCUUUGCUACCUAGAGGUCGUGCUCUGGACCUUCUGCCUCCUUGCCUCUUGUGCUGCUCCGGUUCACGGACACAAUUACCUUAUCCGCGAAACUCAAACCCUCAAGCUCGCUACUCGCACUGUCCAUCCCGCCGUCGUCGGGUCAACACCUCUUCGGCAACCAAAAUUGCUUUGGCGAUUUGAGCGCAAAAGCGUUAGCGUCCGCAACGCCGAGCAGACCAAGUGCUACCCUCGAGUUGAUCAGGCUGGAUUGUUAGCCGCACUGCGCGGCUUUCCAGAGUUCACAACAGGGCUGCCUGCACCCUACACGGGCAUCAAAGCUAUCUCGUGAAGGAGCUUCCCGCCAGCGGAGAAGCGUGGGGGUCGUACAGCAGCUUUUAACCGAGCUCUAUACGGCGUCGCCCACGAUCGGGAUAGUUCAGUGAUAGCUUACGUUAGUAGUAUUAGCAGCAGUCAGCGGACCAGCUUAGUCGUCGGCAGUAGCUAUUGAGUUUUGCAGGAGCCUCCCUCCAGUGUGCGGAGGAACAGCUUGACAUCUUUAUUUCCAGAGCAAGAGGUGUAUAUAUUUUGAGCUGCGGCGGCCAUACUGCCGGCAGUCAGUGCAGAAGAAAUCUGUGUAUUUGCAUCAAAAGGCACUCUUUAUUCUACCUUUGAUCAGAGGUCAACAACGAGCGCCAUGUCGGAAGCCGAGAAGCGCAGGGGCCUGAUCCCCUUCCGCAUCCCCCUGCCUAACCCCCUCACCUGGCGUCCCGCCCUGCCGGGCUUUGGUCGCCGCCGCAAGGACCGCGGCCAGCACUUUGCCUCCACCAGCGUCAGCGUGGCGACCAUCAGCGACUCGGUGCUGGCCGCCGGCAGCAGCGCAGCCGCCUCCUCGUCCGCCCCCGUGUCCAAGGUCCCGCUGAAGCCAGCCAGUGACGUGUUCGCCGGCGCCCUGGCCCGGGCCGCCUCGCAGAGCACCAUCCACCCGCUGGACACCCUGAAGGUCCGCAUCCAGACCUCCAGGGCCAACGGCGGCGCAGCUGUCGUGCGUGUUGCCGCGCCUCCGCCGCCUGGGCUGUCGAAGAUUGGUC